GUGCAGUGGAGGCCACUUCAGUGAAUGCCUUUGAUCUCACUCACUGGCUGUACAGGAAUUAUGAAUCAGCUUCAGUCUGACUACAAGUCGGGGCUGUUCAGCGAGAGCUUGCUUUCCAAGAAUUCGUUACAUGAAACACUUUUUGGAACGUGGUGGAAGCACUUGGCAGCCGGAGCGAUGGCCGGAGCUGUGUCACGAACAGGGACCGCUCCUCUUGACCGGCUCAAGAUCUUUGUACAGGUCAACGCUGCCAAACAGGGUGUGGAUCUGCUGGGCAGCUGGAGGUCGAUGGUGAAGGAGGGUGGCUACAUCUCACUCUGGAGGGGCAAUGGAACCAACGUAGCAAAAAUAGCACCAGAGACUGGCAUCAAGUUUCUGGCUUAUGACCAGUACAAGAGGCUUUUCUCUGACAACCGGGCCAAGCUGGACAUCCAUCAACGCUUUGCUGCAGGAUCUCUGGCUGGAGUCACUGCUCAGACCAUCAUCUAUCCCAUGGAGGUAAUAAAGACAAGACUGGCACUUGGAAACACAGGGCAGUACAACGGGUUCCGGAAUUGUCUCAACACUAUCAUCAAAAAUGAAGGCUUGUCCAGCCUCUACAGAGGUUACCUUCCAAACCUAUUUGGCAUCAUUCCUUAUGCAGGGAUUGAGCUUACUGUCUAUGAGGUUUUGAAGAAAGCUUAUUGUCAGAGGUACAGUGAAGAGCCAAAUGAACCUGGAGUGUUCAUCCACCUUGGCUGUGGCACCAUCUCCAGCACCUGUGGGCAGCUGGGUAGCUACCCCCUGGCACUCAUCAAGACCAAGAUGCAAGCACAAGUCAUUGCCAAAGAUGGGGCCAAGGCAAGCGUGCUUCAACAUAUCAGCACUAUCAUGCAAGAGGAAGGCUGGAGAGGUUUUUAUCGAGGAUUCACACCCAACUGCAUGAAGGUUGUCCCGGCUGUGGGCAUCAGCUUUGUCGUCUAUGAACAGAUGAAAAAUCUCCUUGGCAUCAAUUAAUCAACACUAAUAUGUCUCAAACACAUUUUUCCCAACCUUCUCUUUGAUCCGGACCAGCAAUGCAAUAACUAACAAACAGGAGAGGAAAUCGAAUGAUCAAACUACAAAAACCACUUCAGAGAUCUGAACGGCCAACAAAGUGAAAGAACAAGCAGCCAGAUAUGGGCAGACAAGGACCACUUAACUAACUGUUAUUUCAGAUCAAACUUCAACUUCUAAACUUAAUCAGUAAUCGCAACAAACUUAUCCACCAGAAGUCAUCUUGCUAUCUAACUUAUUUAGGACAAUCCACCACUCAAAAACUGGCAAACCAACUGUCAGAAAGUAGAAGACAACUAAA